AUGCCUCAAUGUAUGUUUUGUGGGAAGGUAACAACUACGGCCGAGGGACUCAAGAGACACAUCGUGGGGCGUCCUGAAUGCCGAAGGGAGUGGAUGUUAAUGAUUGAAGAGGCUGAUGCAGAGAACUUGGACGUACCAGAUGUCGACUUCUCCCAUGAAGGCCAUGUUCACCUGCACUCGUCUCCAGAUAUGGACUACAACCCUACAAUCAGCAAAAUUUGUCGGGUCACUGUCAAAGAAGUCGAUGAUGAGGAUGCAUCAUCACUCACCAAUAAUGGCCAGUACUUCAAACCUCAGCCAGGCAUGGGCUGGGCACUGCGUGAAGGGGAGACCAUGUUUGAAAGGUAUAGAAGAGAGCAACAGGAAGAGGGCGAAGAUCCAUGGGCACCCUUUGAGAAUGUCGAAGAGUGGGGUCUAGCCCAAUGGCUUGUCAAGAACCUCGGUCAAACACAGACCAAUGAAUUUCUGAAACUACCCAUAACUCAAAUGCGCUCGAAGCUUCCAUUUCACAAUAACCACUCGUUCUUGCAAAGGGUAGAUGAACUUCCGCAUGGUCCAGCGUGGAGUUGUAAGAAGGUCACUGUGCACGGUAAUCGUCAGGAUGAGAACAGAGAGUUGUUGCAAGAAGAGGUUGAACUAUGGAGUCGCAAUCCAGUUGAAUGUGUGAAGGAGCUGAUCGAGAACCCUUCUUUCAAGGUGGAUAUGGCCUACACCCCUGCUAGAGCUUAUUCAGACCAUGCAGGGGAGCAUAGAAUUAUUGACAAGAUGUGGACGGUGGACUGGUGGGGCGAGAAACAGAAAGCUUUGCCCGAUGGAGCCACAAUAGCUCCAAUUAUUCUAGCAUCCGACAAAACAUCGUUGUCCCAAUUCCGAGGGGAUAAGUCGGCUUGGCCGGUCUAUAUGUCUAUUGGCAACAUUGCCAAAGUGAAAAGGCGUCAGGCAUCAGCACGAGUGACUGUGCUCAUUGGACUUUUCCAUCAUUGCAUGGGUCUGCUCCUCCAGCCUCUCAUCACUGCUGGAAAUGAUGGUGUGGAUAUGGUCUGCGCAGACUCGUGGAUCCGGCAUGUCUAUCUGAUUCUGGCUGUGUACGUCGCGGAUUUUCCAGAGCAGUGUUUGGUUGCUUGUUGUAAGGAAAACUGUUGUCCAAAGUGCCUCAUGGCAGCGAAUGAGCGAGGGGAGGUACUGGACUCAGUGAUGCAUGAUCCUGAGUCCACAAAAGAUAUCUUGCAAAGGCGCAAGAACGGUCAGCACCCACCGGAAUUCGAGGAGAAAGGGCUACGUGCCGUCUAUAAACCAUUCUGGGCUGAUAUGCCUCACACCGACAUUUUCCUGGGUUUCACACCCGAUCUUUUGCACCAAAUUCAUAAAGGUGUCUUCAAGGAUCACCUCGUUAAGUGGUGUCUCAAAAUUAUCGGGGAGGAAGAGAUGGACACACAUUUCAAGGCAAUCCCAGAUUAUCCUGGACUUCAGCACUUCAAAAAAGGUAUAUCAACUGUGAAGCAAUGGACAGGAAGUGAGCAUAAAGAAAUGCAGCGAGUUUUUAUAGGCUUACUCGCUGGAGCAGUGCCUAGUCGGGUCUUGGUGGUGGCACAUUCAAUUCUUGAUUUCUCGUAUUACGUGCAGCUGCAAACUCACACAGCUGAGUCGCUGGAAGCCCUACAGACUGCCUUAGCAGGAUUUCACACUAAUAAAGACGUACUCAAGGAACUCACGAUACGUGAACAUUUCAACAUACCCAAAUUACACCAACUCACCCAUUACGUCCAGUCAAUCUCAUUAUUUGGUGCAGCUGAUGGCUUUAACACAGAACUUCCUGAGUGCCUGCAUAUAGACUUUGUGAAGGACGCUUACCAUGCUAGCAAUAAACAAGAUUAUGAGGAACAGAUGGUUUUGUGGCUUCAACACCAGGAAGCUGUCUUCCUACGCAGUGCAUACCUUGAUUGGUUAUUGCAACAGCCUGCAGGUUGCACAGUGGACUCAUACUUGGAUUUGGAUUUGGAUUUGGAUUUGGACUUGAGGUCAGAAGAAGCAGAGGCUGCUAUUGCUCGCGCAACACCCGCAGAUCAGUUUCAAGUGACCCAUGUCCUUGCCAAGACCCCAGUGCAUCCACACCAAUCUGUUCCAAAUAUUGUAGGUGCACAUGGUGCGACUGAUUUUCUUCCUGCUCUCCAAUCUUUCCUUCGCACAAAUCUCCCACACAACACCCUAGUAUCAGGCAUUCAGGACUGUUUUGACAUUUUUCGUCAAGUCAUCAUUGUGACACCACCUGCUUUUCAAGUCAGCGACGCACCAAUGUCCAGGCGCAUUAGAGCAACGCCAGAGAGACUUGCAUCGGGACAGAAGCCUGGUUGUCCAGCUCAAUUUGAUAUGGCGUUGAUAUUGAAUGGUCCUCGCACUCCACACUUGCAUACUCUAGAUGGUGUGCGAGUGGCUCAAGUUCGCGCUAUAUUCUCACUCCCUCGUCAGUUUGGCGAAUACUCAAGACCCCUCGCUUACAUAGAGUGGUUCACACCUUUCAGAGCACCAGAUCCUUCAUCUCGAAUGUGA